CACACUCAUCUCUCUCUCUCUCUCCUUUCUCCCUGCCAGUGGUCGCCAGUGCACACCACCCACCUGCCUAACCUAGAUAGAGUGAUAGACAGGCAGGAGCUGAUAUCCAUGGCCGGCAUGGCGCAGUCGCCGGCUAGCUCCUGCGUGUCGUCCGACGAGGAGGAGGCCAAGGCGAUGGUGGUGGCGGGGUGCCCGCGGUGCCUCAUGUACGUGAUGCUCUCGUCGGAGCCGCCCCGGUGCCCCCGCUGCAACAGCACCGUGCUCCUGCAAUUCCUCCACGCCGCCGACGCCAACACCGCCAACACCAACACCAACACCAACACCAACGCCACCACCAACAGGCAGGGCGGCAAGAGCUAGCCUGCCUGCCUGCCUGCUUGCUACUCCUUUCUUACCCCCUGUAGCCGUGAUGAUCUGCAUGGAAAUUUCAGGUCCUACUAAGUAGAAGUAGCUUUCAGAGCGUUUGCAAUGCGGCUUGUGACCAGUCACCAUGUGUCUGCAUGAUUGGAUUGCACGACUAUUUCUGCUCUGAUUUGAUUCUAGUAUUAUG